AUGCAUUAAAGUAAUUCCCUUAUAUUGAUAGUAUUAUUAUAGAGAGGUUCAAGAAGAAUACCUUUUGAUUAAACAGGAAGGAAGGAAGGAAGGAAGGAACGAUCAGAAAAAGAGGAAAUUUAGAGAGGGCGAAAUGGCUCCAACGCCGGUUGUGUCAACGGGGACGAUUCAAGCGGAGAAAUUAAGGCAAAAUGGUAACAUUUACUUCAAAAAAGAUAGGUUUGCAGCCGCCAUUGAUGCUUAUACAGAGGCAAUAACUUUAUGCCCUAAUGUUCCUGUUUAUUGGACAAACCGUGCGUUGUGUCAUCGGAGGCGGAAUGACUGGAUGAAAGUUGAAGAGGAUUGCAGGAGAGCCAUCCAACUUGAUCAUGGUUCUGUGAAGGGUCAUUACAUGCUCGGGCUUGCAUUGCUACAGAGGCAAGGGUAUGCUGAAGGAAUCAAGGAAUUAGACAAAGCUUUAGAACUUGGGAGGGGUGCAAAUCCUAAGAGUUACAUUGUUGAGGAAAUAUGGCAAGAGCUUGCAAAAGCUAAAUAUCUUGGAUGGGAGCAUGAAUCUACCAGCCGUUCUUGGGAACUGCAAACUUUAAAAGAGUCUUGCGAGUCUGCUCUUAAAGAGAGACAUUUGCGAGAGCUAUCAUGUAAAGAAGGAUUUCAAGACGAGAUUUUAAAAGCCCAAAAAAAACAGCUGGAGGCUAUUGGACGAGUAUUUACAGAUGCAGCCAAAGCUGACACGCCGACAGAGGUGCCGGAUUACCUUUGUUGUAGAAUCACUCUUGACAUAUUUCGUGACCCUGUCAUCACUCCAAGUGGAGUUACCUAUGAGAGGGCCGUGAUCCUGGAACAUCUUCAGAAGGUGGGUACGUUUGAUCCCAUCACACGUGAGCCACUGAUGCAGUAUCAGCUGAUCCCCAAUUUAGCCCUAAAAGAAGCAGUUCAAGCAUUUCUAGAUGAGCACGGUUGGGCGUAUAUGAUGGAUUGAACGGGUCAAUGUUUGUUUGUCUUUUAUGUUCAAACGGCUGUGUAUACCACCACCCACACCCAUCAUAGGCAACAUCAUUUACAAGUGGCAUACCUUGAAUUGUGCAAGGUAAGGGCCUUUGCAUAGACAGAUCGAUCAUUAGGGACUUCUGUAUGAUUGUAUAGUCUGUGAAAGCUCUCUCACUUUUUUUAUGAGACCUCUAGGAUUUUCUCUUUUCUUUUUUGUCUUUUGGUACCUAACACAAUUUGGGACUGCUGCUAAAAUGUGGUAUUAUUGGUUAUUUAAAUAUAAAAAGUAAUUCAGUCUGA